CUUAAAGCAAUCUCUGAGCAGGGGAACGCAACCCUAGUAUGUUUGGAGAACAGCGCUGCAAGGUUUGGCCAGUGUAUUUCUACCAAAACGCGCGCACACAGGAAUUGUAUGAAAUUGGUAACUACAAAACGUUACCUUCGAUUCGCUGUGGAAAUCGAGCAGUUGAAGGGAUACGUACGCUCCCUUUGUUUUGGUUGCUAUGGCAGCAAAGGCAUCGAAAGGGAAGUGGGGGGCCCUGAAGGAGCACCUGACCAGCAGCCCCCCCGACCGAGAUGCUCACCUUGAGGCCAACUUGGAGAACUCAGUUCCAGAGCUAUGCAUACGACUGCUACAGGUACCCACAGUGGUCAACUACUCAGGGGUGCGGAGGCGUCUAGAGGGGAGUGACCAGGAAUGGAUGGUGCAGUUCCUGGAACUCAAUGGACUGGAUCUGCUGAUGGAGGCCCUGGAGAGGCUGUCUGGCCGGGGUUGUGCCCGCAUCGCUGACGCCCUCCUCCAGCUCACUUGUGUGGCCUGUGUGAAGGCAGUGAUGAACUCCUCAGCUGGGCUGCACUUUAUACUGGACAAUGAGGGAUACGUCAGGACCCUGUCACAAGCCCUGGACACAUCCAACACCAUGGUAAAGAUGCAGGUGUUUGAGCUGCUGGCGGCCCUCACCUUGUUUAACCCACAGGGACACCACCUGGCCAUGGAUGCCCUGGAGCACUAUAAAAGUGUGAAUAUGCAGCAGUACCGCUUCAGCGUCAUCAUGAAUGAGCUGCAUGCGACUGACAAUGUUCCGUACAUGGUCGUCCUCAUGAGUGUGGUCAACGUGAUCAUCUUCGGGGUAGAGGACCUGCGGAAAAGGGACAAACUACGCAAAGAGUUCAUCGGGCUUCAAUUACUACAAUUACUUCCAAAACUUAGAGAGACCGAGGAUGUGGACCUGAACAUCCAGUGUGAGGCCUUUGAGGACACCAUGGCAGAGGAUGAGGAGGAGAUGGAGAGGGUGUACGGGGGCAUCGACAUGAGCAGUCACCAGGAAGUCUUCACCACACUCUUCACCAAAUUGAGUAGCUCCCCUGCAUCGGUGCAGCUGCUGUCGAUUCUGCAGGCUCUGUUGUUGGUAGGUCCGGAGCAGAGCGAGGUGUGGCUGGCCCUGGAGGCCCUGGCUGACCGCGCUACUUUGCUGGCACAGGACCCUGAUGUUGACUCCACCAAGCGCCUGAUGGAACGUCUGGUGUCCUCCAAGGGUCAGCAAGGGUCACCUAAGGUCAAGACCACAGACCGGGGCGUUCAGAUUGAUCGGUCAAUCUGUCCAUCAGGUCUAUCAGAGGUCCUCAUUAAAGAAUCUACCACCCCUGUUGCCACUUCACCUCCUCCCCAUCCUCAUCUACCACCACCCCUACCAAGCAUGAGAACUUUUGUCCCACCACUUCCUGGCUUCUCUGGGAUGCCUCCCCCUGGCCUCCCUCCUCCGCCACCACCUCUACCACAGAUGGGGCAUGGAGGUCCACCACCUCUACCACAGAUGGGGCAUGGAGGUCCACCGCCUCCCCCACCCCUGCCUGGCAUGAUGGGUCCACCGCCUCCCCCACCCCUGCCAGGCAUGAUGGGUCCACCGCCUCCCCCACCCCUGCCAGGCAUGAUGGGUCCACCGCCUCCCCCACCCCUGCCUGGCAUGAUGGGUCCACCGCCUCCCCCACCCCUGCCUGGCAUGAUGGGUCCACCGCCUCCCCCACCCCUGCCUGGCAUGAUGGGUCCACCGCCUCCCCCACCCCUGCCUGGCAUGAUGGGUCCACCGCCUCCCCCACCCCUGCCUGGCAUGAUGGGUCCACCGCCUCCCCCACCCCUGCCUGGCAUGAUGGGUCCACCGCCUCCCCCACCCCUGCCUGGCAUGAUGGGUCCACCGCCUCCCCUUGGUGGCGAUGAAAUUAUAGUGGCCCAGAGUGUGCAGAUGCGAUCCUGCUACGCCUCUUCACCAAAGGUGGGCCGCUGCCCCACACUGCGUAUGAAGAAGCUCAACUGGCAGAAGCUGCCAUCCAGAGUGGUGACUGAUAGUCACUCCAUGUGGACCUCGGUACAGGUAGAUUCUCUGGAGCCUGAUUACUCCAGUAUUGAGGAGCUCUUCUGUCUGCCAGUGACUGACUCAAAAGCCAAAGGCAUCACCCCUGCAGUCAAACAGGAGCCCAAAGAGAUUUCUUUCAUUGAUGCCAAGAAAAAUCUUAACCUGAACAUAUUCUUGAAACAAUUCAGAUGCUCACAUAAGGACUUUGUGGCCAUGAUUCAAAAAGGUGACCGGUCCAAGUUUGAUGUGGAGGUGCUGAAACAGCUGCAAAAGCUACAGCCAGAGAAGCAUGAAAUUGAGAACCUGAAGUCGUACCAGGGAGAGCGGGAGAAGUUAGCUGGUGUGGACCAGUUUUAUCUCCAGCUCCUAGCUGUUCCAUGCUACGCUCUGAGGAUCGAGUGCAUGUUGCUGUGUGAGGAAAUCGGCUCAGUGUUACAGAUGAUGCAGCCUAAAGUUAAGCUGCUGGACGAGGCCUGUGAGAGUCUGAGAGUGAGCACUCGACUGCCAAGCUUCUGCAUGCUCAUUCUGGACGUUGGAAACUUCCUCAACUAUGGAAGCCACACAGGGAAUGCUGAGGGCUUCAAGAUCAGCACACUGUUGAAACUCACUGAAACCAAGGCCAAUAAAAGUCGCAUCACGCUGCUCCACCACAUCCUAGAGGAGGCUGAGCAGAACCAUGAUGACCUGUUGAACCUUCCAGAUGAUCUAGAGAUCUGUGAGAAGGCUGCUCGUGUGAAUUUGGAGACUCUCCAGUCAGAGGCGAGUUUGCUCAUCAAGCGGUUGAAAGAGUCAGAGAAGAAGGUGGCUUCCUCCUCUGUGGCGGCCAUCAAGGAGCAGUAUCUCACUGCCAUACAGGGAAGCCAGGAGGCCUGCAGGGAGCUGGAGGCGAGGUUUGCCUCCAUUGACAGGAAGAAGGAGGAUCUGGCACAGUAUCUGUGUGAGGACUCAUCCCGUCUCUCCCUGGAGGACUUGUUCAGCACUUUACAUUCCUUCAGGGGACUCUUCAUCAAAGCUCUCAAGGACAAUCAGACCCGCCGAGAGCAAGCGAUUAAGGCUGAGAAGAGGAAGAAACAGCUGGAAGAGGAGGAUUCCAAGAGACCAAGGGGGGAGAACAGGAAGAUAAUUCGUAAAGCCCCCCCGGUCCAGGAGGGCUGCAUCAUUGACCACCUGCUGUCUGACAUCAGGAAAGGCUAUGCGCUGAGGAAAACCAAGCACCAGGCCGACAGAACCAGCCUGCCUUCUGAGGACAAGAAAGGGGACAGCAUUCAGCCUGGUGAACAGUGCACCAAGCUUAAGGGAACAUCUGCUAUAGAUGCCAAAGGGGAAGUUGAAAAGGGGACUUCACCCAUUGACCUAGGACAACAAAGCGGAGAUCCGGUCAUAGUGGAGUCCGGCCUCCCCACAGACCCCUCACUUCAGUCGAGUUCUCCCAAAACACCAGGCCCCUCAAACCUUCAUACCACCACCAAGGAUCACAUCCAGAGUGAAGACCUCAACCCUGGGAUGGAUUCCUCUACUGACCGCCAGCUCAAGAAGUCCCCAGAGGGGAAGGGGUUUAAGGCCGCUGAAUCCAAGGUUGAGAAUGUGAACAGGAAUGCAUUCUCAGCUGCUGGGGAUGGUCCAAAGAGCAGAGAUGCAGAGACCGAUGGGAACAGAGAGAGUGGAGCUGAUGGAAAUGGGUUAGAGGAGACUCCAUCAUCAGAGUCCCCCUCAACCACAGCUGAUGUCGACGCAGAGUCCAAACAUGCACAGAAACGGGGGAGUACUAAGAGACAUGGCAAAGCUGCAGCCUCAAGUGGAUCAGGACAAGAUUCAGCCCCCUGAACAGCUUUCACAAGCGCUGCAGUGGCUGCUGUGUGGGGGAGAUGCUCCCUUUGAAUUAAUAGGGUUACCAGUGCCUUUCCCAGUUGCUCCAAGAACACCUUGUUCUGCUUAUCACUAAAGCAUUGUAUGAGGACAUUUCAAUGAUGUUAUGGAAGAUAACCAGGGGCCAGCGGGCAGUCAUCCUCCUGCAGCUGUAAGUUCCAAUCACCUUGUCCAGGUUGUCCAAGCCUCCUUCGUUGUGGUUGUAGUCCAGGAUGAUUCCUGGCUUCCUGUCCUCACGAUCACUGAUCUCAUCUAUUUCGUGCAGUGUGCUCAGGAGCACCACAGUCUUGUUCCUCUUUGGGGGCUAAGAAACUAGUGGUGGUGGGGGUGAAGGCAAACUUUGAGAAGGCCUCUCUCCCCCUUGUUGCGAGGAGUGCAGGGGGGGAGCUCAUCUGUCAGAUGCACGCCAUCCCUACGGUACAAAUGCAUGCGAUAAGGCUUGAACAAGAAAGCUGGCAAUAACCCUGUAGCUCUUCAAGAGCAACUGUGGCCAUCCCUGAAUUGUACGUACAACAUUUACUGUAUCUGAUGUACGUUUUGAUUGUGAUAUAUUUUGUAUUUCAAACUGGGAGGUUUGAGCUCUGAAUGCUGAUUGGCUGACAGCUGAGGUAUAUCAGACCAUAUACCACGGGUAUGACAAAACAAUUAUUUUUACUGCUCUAAUUACAUUGGGAACCAGUUUUAAAAUAGCAAUUAGGCAAAUCGGGGUUUGUGAUAUGGCAAAUAUACCAUGGCUAAGGGCUGUGUACAGGCACUCCAUGUCUUGCAAAAGAACGGCCCUUAGCUGUGGUAUAUUGGCCAUAUACCACACCACCUCUGGCAUUAUUGCUUAAAUAACUCAGUAUUGUUUACAGGUAAUGUAGUAUAAAUGUUUAUUUAUUUUUUGUAUGUGUUUUCCGGGAGCUUUCUCAAUUGUCUUGUUAAAAAAGAUCAGGAAACAUGUUUCUAGUUUACUCCAUAUUGGCACAAGUUUUUGUUUUGUUUUUUCACUUCCCUCUUACUAUUAAAUAAUGACUAGUAACUACAUUUUUCUUGCCAUUUGUCAUUAUUGUGUACUUUUACUUUACUGUUAUUGCUUUGUUUUGCAGUAUUAUGUUGUUUAAUCACCUUCCUGUGUAAAAACCAUGUAGAAAAAGGGAAGUGUGCAUUGGUCUGAAGGAUUGGUCUGAAGCUGAAAAUAAAGGAAACUCACGAGCACCAUAAUGUGUACUUUCCCUCUACAAAGUUUUUUUCCAGUUCACAGCUUUUACCUACUAAAGUCUUCAGAGGGAUAAUGAACUUUAGUGUCCUGCUAAUGAAGUUAUGUAUAUAAAGUGCAUUCAGAAUGUAUUUAGACCCUUUGACUUUUUCUACUUUACGUU